GUUAUUGGUUGGUUCAAAAGUGUGAGGCCGCGCGACGUCUCUGCAGUUUGUCCUCGUUUGUCUGUGAAUACACAGCGUCGGUUCGCUGUGUCUGUCAUAAUAGGAAUAUUGUGAGAAAAAUGGCCGACAACGUCUCUGGUGGCGCCGCUGAAUCCUACGAAUUUGAUGCUCCGUCUCAUGUCAUCGACUUAAAAGAGCUGGAGAAUAAUGAGAGUGAUGAUCAGUGGUUUGAACAACAGGGUGGGGGAGCAGAUGGUCACCUUUGUACACCUUCCAGACCCGACUGGCCCUUUAUGAGAAGUAAUAUUCCCAAUGUGCCCAAGGCUAUUGUCAGUCCUCACGUCAAGACAGACGUGGACAAUGUGCCUGGCACGUCCACUUAUCCACCUCCAAAUAUUGUCACAUCUUGGGGAACUGGAACUACUGUGUCUCAGACCAAUGCUCAACCAAGGAGGAGGACAGCAGCAGCAGCGGCAAAUCAACCUCCUGCCCAACCACGCAGGGUUUCAAAACGUAAGGGGGCAACUGGUAGUUCAGCCCCACCACCAACCGCAGCUCCACCCUCAAAGAAACACAAAAAGAGUCCUGUUGCUCGUCCAGCUCAAAAAGCCAGCAGCGUCCUCCGCAGAAGUGUACAGCCGAAUUCCAGGGCUGGACUUCGCAGAAGUGCACAAUUGAGUUCCAGGACUGCACCCAAGCCCAGGGCGGCAGCUUCCAAUACUGCACACACAGAGCCAUGUAGCUCUGAAGAACAGGAGCUGGAGCGCAUCAGGAACCUCCAGAAAGAAGUGGCUCUGCACCGCAAGAAGAACGAGGCGAGCUACAAAGCUGCUCUGGCUGGAAAUCCACCACCAAAGAAGACUGUCCUGUCUACAACUGUGCCUAAAGAGUUCCACUUCAACACGGACACGCGUGUGAAGACGACCACUUCAUCCAGCAGUGCACAGAGAGAAGUGGACUUUAUGAGUCAGCUUCGUAAACCUUCGUCCCCUGUGAAGGCAAUGAAAGGUGCCACGGUACCAAAACCCUUCAAUCUGUCGAGAGGCAACAAGAGAGAGGUGGAUGGAACAGGAGCUUAUGUGUCCAUGGCUGAGAAGAUAGCCCAGUUCCAGACGAGAACUCCUGAGCGCUACCAUCUGCGCAGCCGUCAGAAUCAAGAGAGAGGACCAUCUCCAGUAAAAGGUGGCCACCUGAAGCUCACUGAGCCUCACACCCCUCACCUGAUGACCCGCCAGAGGUUUCGCCCGCCGACUGUUAAGAGCAGUGCUGAACUGGAGGCUGAGGAGGUGGACAAACUUCACAAGUUUAAAUUCAAGGCCCUGGAGCUGAACAAGAAAAUCCUGGAGCGUGCAGAGGAGCUGAAGAAGCCGGCAGUGAAGGAACCCACGGUGCCUGAAGGCUUUGAGCUGCAGAUUGAAAAAAGGCUGCAGGGGAGACAGAAGCCCCAGGAAGAGAAGCCACACACCUUUAAAUCUCAACCUCUGCCCAAGAAGAUCCUGGAAGGAGUCGUGGGAAUACCAGAAAAGAGAGUUCUCAAUCCAACUGUUCCAGAGUCUCCAGCUUUUGCUCUGAAGAACAGGGUUCGUGUGGAGCGUAAGGCCGAGGAAGUCAAACAGCCGUCACCAAUCAAGGCUCCUCCGGUGCCUCACUUCGGCCUCCCCUUCCAGCCGCGGCUUCCAGAGAGCCACCAUGUGGAGGUGUGUCCUUUCUCCUUUGAGAAGAGGGAACUAGAGAGGAGGGCACUGAAAGAGAAGAAGCUGGAGGAGCUGCGAAAUGAAGAGGUUCCUCAGUUCAAAGCUCAGCUGCUGCCAAACUUUGACACUGUGCUGCUCCCUGAAAAGAAGAAGCUGGAGCCCACAAAGCCUGAGCCCUUCAGACUGAUCGCGGAUGAACGUGGUGCUGUGAAGAGCAGUCAAAGGGAACAGAUGCUGAAAGAAGAACAGAAACAACUCGAGGAAGCAGCAACGUUCAGAGCCAGGCCUAACACAGUCACUCAUAAAGAGCCUUUCCAGCCCAAAAAGGGGGAGCGGGCUGCAGUAGACCUCUCUAACUCUUCCACAGCGGUAGAGGCCUUUGAGCUGUCGACAGAGCGGCGUGCUCGGGAGCGACAGGAGUAUGAAAAAUUGGCCAGCGAGAAGGACGCUCUCAGGGCGCUAAUGGAGGAGCAGCAGAGGCAAGAGGAGGAGGAGCGAGAAAAAGAGGAGGUCGCCAGGCUGCGACACGAACAGGUUCAUAAAGCUCAGCCCAUCAGACACUACAGACCUGUAGCAGUGAAGAAGAGUGAAGUUCCUCUCACUGUCCCACACUCUCCAAACUUUUCAGAUCGCUUCCGCCUGUGAUUAAAUAAGCCAUGUUUUUAUGUCAGAUGCUGAUCACAUGACGUUCACGUGUAAAUAGAUGUGUAUAUGUGAAAUUGCUGCAGCUCCAUUUCCUUUGAGCUUUACAUUUUAACAAAGCGCAGUUACACAAACUCUUUAAUUAAAGAUUUUUUUAACAUCA